CCCUUUCGCGCCUGGCUGCGGGGCCCUUCCUUCCUUCCUUCCUCCUUCUCCGCACGUUGCUGUCGGCCGGGCCUCUUUUUGUUCGGGAAGAUGGCGGCGCUGGAUGGCCCGUUGGCGGUCUUGGGUGAGCGGAGCACCGGCGAGAACGUCCGCACGCAAAACGUGACAGCUGCUGCUUCUAUUGCCAAUAUUGUGAAGAGUUCUCUUGGUCCAGUUGGUUUGGAUAAAAUGCUGGUGGACGACAUUGGUGAUGUGACCAUUACUAAUGAUGGUGCCACUAUUCUAAAGCUGCUAGAAGUAGAGCAUCCUGCGGCAAAGGUUCUCUGUGAGCUAGCAGAACUGCAGGACAAAGAAGUUGGAGAUGGGACCACUUCUGUGGUAAUUAUUGCUGCAGAACUUUUAAAGAAUGCAGAUGAGUUGGUUAAACAGAAAAUCCAUCCCACUUCUGUUAUUAGUGGAUAUCGUCUUGCUUGCAAGGAGGCAGUUCGUUACAUCAACGAGAACCUGGUUAUUAACUCAGAUGAACUCGGCAGGGACUGCCUUAUUAAUGCAGCUAAAACAGCGAUAUCCUCUAAAAUCAUAGGAAUUGAUAGUGAUUUCUUUGCCAACAUGGUAGUGGAUGCUGCACUUGCAGUUAAAUACACAGAUCAAAAGGGACAAGCACAUUAUCCCAUCAACUCCAUAAAUGUUUUAAAGGCACAUGGUCGAAGUCAGAAAGAGAGCAUUCUUGUAAAUGGUUAUGCAUUAAACUGUGUCGUGGGCUCCCAAGGUAUGCCUAAGAGAAUAGUUAAUGCAAAGAUUGCCUGUCUUGACUUCAGCCUUCAAAAGGCAAAAAUGAAACUUGGUGUUCAGGUGGUGGUCACAGACCCUGAAAAACUGGACCAGAUUAGGCAAAGAGAAGCUGAUAUCACUAAAGAGAGAAUUCAGAAGAUCCUGAGUACAGGAGCAAAUGUUAUUCUGACCACUGGCGGCAUUGAUGAUAUGUGUCUGAAGUAUUUUGUAGAUGCUGGUGCCAUGGCAGUACGCAGAGUCCUAAAAAGAGACCUUAAACGCAUUGCUAAGGCUUCUGGAGCUACUGUUUGUCCUACACUGGCAAAUCUGGAAGGGGAAGAAACAUUUGAAGCUUCAAUGUUGGGACAAGCGGAAGAGGUGAUUCAGGAGAGGAUCUGUGAUGAUGAAUUGAUUUUAAUCAAAAAUACCAAGGCGAGGACCUCAGCCGCCAUUAUACUACGAGGAGCAAAUGAUUUCAUGUGUGAUGAAAUGGAACGAUCCUUACACGAUGCUCUUUGUGUUGUCAAGAGAGUAUUAGAGUCCAAGUCUGUGGUACCAGGAGGUGGUGCAGUUGAAGCAGCACUUUCCAUUUACCUAGAAAAUUAUGCAACUAGCAUGGGAUCACGUGAACAGCUCGCUAUUGCAGAAUUUGCAAGAUCUCUACUAGUUAUUCCAAACACAUUAGCAGUCAAUGCUGCUCAAGAUGCCAUAGAUCUUGUUGCAAAACUCAGGGCCUUUCACAAUGAAGCUCAAGUGAAUCCAGAACGUAAAAAUUUGAAAUGGAUUGGUCUUGACUUAAUCAAUGGGAAGCCACGCGACAACAAGCAAGCUGGUGUUUAUGAACCCACUGUGGUCAAAACAAAGAGUUUGAAGUUUGCAACAGAAGCGGCAAUUACUAUUCUUCGAAUUGAUGACCUUAUUAAAUUGCACCCUGAAAGUAAAGGUGAUAAAGGAGGGUGCUAUGAAGAUGCUGUUCACUCUGGGGCAAUUGAAGAUUAAAUGGCUGUUUAUUUAACCAUUCCUGUAAAAUUCUUUGUACCCUUGUAUUUAGUAAUGUAUGUUUGAGAAAAAAAGCUGUUGGACUCUUGCCUAACUAGAAAAUAAAUGAAAGAUGGUCACA